AUGCAGAUUGGCAUGCUAAAGUUAAUCUGUACAAGGUAUAAUUUUCUGUUACUGGUUGUUCCUCUGCUUUCCUUUCAAAGCCGACAUGUAAAAAAAGGAAGAAAUCCAGCCAACCCAUAAGCCAAGGCCUUUCCUCUGAAAAAUUAAAUAUGUGUGUUUUAGAGUUUGAAUCAGGCUGCCAAGACUCUAAAAUGUUUCUUUUGCAUUUAUUCACUAACUAUGACAAACACUUCGGUCAAUAAUCAAACAAAUCAAAGCAACAGCCAAUUCUACCUGGAAAAAAACUGGAAAAACGAUCUUAGUCAGCAAUGUAAUGAGUAUAUCUGAUGUUGCUGUUUGAAAUUUGUCUUAGAUUGAGAACAAGAUCUUUCUUAAGGAUGACUCUGCUCCAGAAAUUGGAACCACUAUGGCAACAGUCAACCGAACAGGAAAAGACAAAUGCAAAAAAAGGGGUUGACGAUUAUAAUGCUUAUAGAGAGUUCCAUGAUCGCGAAGUGGAGGGACAUAUUAUUGCAGCAUUUAUGGUCUUCUGUGGUAUGGAGAAUAUGGAACGUAUGUUUUUGUACGUCCCUCCUGGAUAUAUUCCGAUUUUUGUGGAAGGUUUUUUGGUUUGAAACCACUAGCCAACUAAUCAUUCCAUUCUUCCUGCAUAUUUUCCUUUAAAAGAUUUGGACCUUGAAAGUGCUCUGUCCCCAUCACAAUUAUCAAUGAUGCUACUUGGGGUGGCUAUGAAUAUUUUAAUUCCAGGAUUCACACAGUGACACAAAAAAAUUAAUGUACGACCUUUUUUACAUUUUAUUUGCAGAUGUGCCAACCAAAGUUCAGCUGCCCCUUAAAAGUGAAGACAAAGAAGUGCGACGCAGCUGGCUAGAGAACUUGAUAAGAAAAUUUCUCCGCGAAUUUGUUUUUGACACCAAAGAGUCAGACGAGGUGGUUCAGGGAGUCAAUCGCCUUGACAUGCAACAAAGAGAAGGUUAUGCAUGUAGAAUCUGUGGAAGGAUCUACCAGGGUGAUGCUUGGCGUGUAAGGUAAGAAAUGCUUGGACUCGGCAAGCAAAAGUACAUGUGAGAGGCUGCUGUGAAUGGAGAAUUUGACCUUGGCUUAGAGUAUUCUACUUUGUCAUUCCCAUAAGACAGUGAGUCGGUUGAUAAAAGUGGUUGCCACACUAUUUUCCAAUGUAGAAUUUAUUUUGUUCUAAUAGACCAAGUGAAUUGACAUCAACCCUUUGGAAGAAAAAAGCUAAAACAAACAAAUAAACAUAAGCAUUUUUAACGAUUUCUAUUUUUUCUCAAUUUUAAACUCCUUUAGACACGAGAUUGCAAAACAUGGCCCGAGAAUUCAAGAUACUCCUGAUGAAGAUGGCAGAAAUAGCUUUGGGUAUUUUAAGUGCGCAGCCUACAACUGUGGUCUUGUAUUCAGAACUAAAGCUACUUUAAAAAUGUAAGUAGUUUUUUCUAACAGAUUCAUCUUACUCAAAGGUGACCUAUAAAGGUGGCAGGUACAAAACACAGGUCACAGGUGCAUGUUACUGCUCUUUUGAUAAAUAACUGGAUUGUGAUAAAAAAUACUAUUAUUGAUAAAAUAAAAAGUAUUAUUAUUCUAAAAAUUAUUUUUUUAGGUUUUUGUUUAGUGGUGCUUUGCCAACAUAUUAGUUUUAUUUUAUUUUACUUUCUUGUAGUCAUCAACAAGUAGAGAGACCUGUGAAUGAUGAAGACAAACAUGAUUACAGACUUAACUAUCACAAGGCAAAGAUCCGUUUUGGCUUACUCCUGGCUGACAUUAAUGAUGUAGUAAAGGAAGGAGAUGGAAAGCGAUUACUUAACCUGUACAGGAAUGCUUUACUUCUCUACAAAUGUCACGGCCACACUAAAUAUGACUAUUCAAUCCUUCUCUUUCUAACAAAGGUCAAAGCUAUCUUGUCUGCGGACAAAGCAGAAAGCCUAGUUGCUAACAGGUUUUUCAACACUCAUGGAAAACAAGGGAAAAAUAUUUCUAUGGACUUAUUCCUUGAACACAGAAACAACUCUGUUAAGGGUUAUUGUGAUUUGUUCGGCCCCAACUUUGGAGAAGAGUCAGCACAGCGAAUUGCCAGGUCUUCAGGUAUUACUGACGAAAUUUUGAGAAGUGUCAACAGCGACUGCAAGAUUUUAGAGAAGGACAAAACUAGAUCCAGCACUGACCCAAGUGAAGCAGUGAAACAAAUGGUUGCAGAUCUCCUUUCCAUAAAUGCUUUUGUUUUUAAACCUGGGAGAGAGGGUUACACUUCAUUCCCAAAAAUCAGUGGAAACCUUGUUCAAGGUCUUCAUUACAGAGACCAGUAG